AUGUCCAAGGUUGAACUCCUCACCCUGGCCGACUACAAAAAGGCGGCUGCCACGCUGUACGAGUCUUUUGAUGACGAUGAUGUUGCCAGAUACGUUUCCAACCAUUUGGAAUCGGAUCCAGAACGCCGCAAGCUUGCUGAUAUUGCUCUCUAUGAAAUGUACGUCUACUCCCACAUCCUCCGUGGACAGGUAGUGGCCGUGAAAGGCGAGGACCACGAGAGUUCAGAUACAUUCGAAACUGUUUCUGUGUGGGUGCAACCAGGCGCUUUACCAGUGGAUAGUUGGUGGACUUUGCUGAGAUCUGGCUACUUGAAGCUGUCCUGGUACACCGGCCUCAAGGGAAGGAAACGUGUUUUUCAGGAAAUGUUCCCCCUCCUUCACGACAGUGCCCAUGAGAUCCUGGGGGAUGAUGCUGAAAAAGCUUACUUCCUGGUGUAUCUGGGUUCUACCCCAAAAGCCCGUGGAAAGGGCAAUGUCAGGGCCAUCUUCGAAUACAUGUUCUCCAACUACAUAGAUAAGAACGGAUUCGUGUCGUAUCUCGAAAGUUCCAGUCUGAAAAACCUGCCCAUAUACGAAAAGUUUGGUUUCAGAUGCGUCAGUGAUAUCUGGUUGGGCGACAAGACGAAUCCAAAAGACAGUGCGAGGAUGGAUGUCAUGGUGAGAGGUGUGAAGGGCGAAAAGUGGGAACAGCACGAUCAUGUGCGCAAAACGCGAUCAUACGAGCCACCAAAAGAGUGUGCUCUUCACUGA